AUGGAUUCUAAAAAGACUAUUAAGGAUAAAAUAUUUACUAAAAGUCCCUUCACUGCUAAAGAGGACGAGAAGCUAAGGAAGAUUGUCAAAUCAUAUGAGCGAAUUAACGAAAUUAAUUGGCAAUUUGUAGCACAACAAAUGGAAACUCGUAAUUCAAGGCAAUGCAAAGACAGAUGGAUAAAUUACCUGGAUUCAAAAAUCAAUAGAGAGCCAUUCAGAAUGGAAGAAAAUUAUUAUCUUUUAAAGCUUGUCGAAGAAUAUGGUCGCAAAUGGAAAUUCAUUGCCAAAAAGCUCAAAAAUAGGACUGAUGUUUCUGUUAAAGCUCAAUAUAGAAAACUGAUGAGAAGAAGUGCAAAUCUUCAAAAUGUUCACUUAAUAUCAACAACAAGUUACUCAAUUCGCGGUAAAUCAAAGAAAUCCGUAAAUAAUGAUGAGGAAAGCAAGGCGAUCAAUCAAUCAUGUAAUCAAAAUAGGAAUGAAGCAAAAUCUGUUUUUGAUUUGUUAUUAAAAAAAAGUAGUGGGGCUUCCAGGCACUUCGUGCCCUCUAGCCCCGAAGAUGUUUAG